CACCACAAUGCACAGGGACGGAUUUCGCGGACGGACCUCAGUUGUUGCUUACAUUUUUCAGAACAGAGACUGCACUGUCUGCAGGUGGAGGGAUGAGUCUCUCCCCUGUGACUGGCACAGAAGUGCCAGAAGCAGCCAACGGGGUUGCAACACACAUCUCUGCAGAGCCCCACAGUGAGAAUGGCCCUCACACCCCGCUCCCGCUGAAAUAUGGGGGGAGCAGAGUGCCCUGUCCUGUGGAGGGAUCAGACGAGGGAUCCCUCUCAGACACGGAGAACAACGUGGAUGUGGAAAGGAGAGUUUAUGAUGGAGAAGGUCACUUAGAUGUAGAAACAGACUUUAAUUUGUCAUCCAAGUUGGACUCUCAGUUGCAUGUGAAGUCAUUACACGCUUCAGGUGCACUUGACCCCUCCCUCCCGACUGCCACCUGCACAGGAGACUCAGAGUCGGGUCCCAAAGACACAAAGCUGUCAGAGGCCUCGGAUACCGUUACGGCUCCCGGUGAAGCUCUGCCAGGGAACUCGACACAGCACACAGACUCCAAAGACUCUUCUCAGCGAGGACGCCCUGCCGGCGCAGACAGACAGCAAACACAGACAGAGAGUCAAGAGGCACUGGAGGAAGAUGGAGAGAAGGAGAAACAGGACGAGGAGGAGGACGAGAAGAUGGAGAGAGAGUGUGGGAAGCAGCACGCAGGAGGAGGCACAGACAUGGAGUGGACUUUUUCGCGGCACUACUCUUCCUCAGCCCCGGACUACAGCAGCGCCUCGUCUUCCUCUCCUCCGCCUCCCCUCCUUCCUUCAGACAGCAGCCCCUGCCCCCCCCACAUCAUGGCGCAGGUCCGAGUCCGCAACGUGCCUGAGAGGGACCGCAUCGUCCGGGGCAUGCAGGACAGCAAGAGCCUGGACGAGAUCAGCCAAGCCUGUGGAGGUGGUUCAGGGGCUCGUGGAGGGGGCAGAGGGGGCCAGUCAGAGGGCCGGAGGGCCACAAUCUCCUCGGCUCUGGAGCUGGAGGGGACGGUCAGCCAUGAUGGAGACCUGACUCACUUCAUCACCAAGAACCUGGAGCAGAAGAUCAAGAUGAGCUCCAAGCCCAGUCUGGACUGCAGUGACUCGGACUGCUCAGGUCCCAUCCACCGGAGCCGGGGGUCGUCACGGCGACCAGCAGACAUCCCGCCCAUCGAUCCUGCCGUCCUCGUGGACCUCCAGAGACACACCCAGGAAGUGGCGCACAGUGUGGAGAUGAUGAUGCGCAGCCUCAACGGAACCAUCCAGAACAUGACAGCUCUGAGUGUUGGCUACAUUCAGACCUACAGAGACUCAGUAGACAGCCUGGGAGAAUCUGUGGACAUGAGCAUAAAGGGAAUGUACACGCUGAUGGCUCGCUGCGAGGAGCUGGACCGCUCCAUGCAGCCCAUACACACCCUGGCCGCUCAGAUACGCGACAUCAAACGCACCCUGGAUGCCCUGGAAGCGAUCUGCAAGUAACCCCACCUGUGUGGAACUAAUAACCCAUCCCAGCUGCAAAGAGUCAACAUCAAGCGCAUCCUGAACACCCUGGAGGCUGUCUACAAGUUACCCCACCCCUCCGCAGGUAUCACACACACAAGGCAAAAAAGAUAAAGCGCACCUUGGACACUCCCUGGAGUCAUUGCUACUAAUCAUGCUGGAUGAUCGGCGCGCAGAAUCCCUCCCCCUCUUCAUCUAGCCAACCAGUAAUGUUUGAGGAUGACCUUAUUUGCUUUGUAAUAUCUUAAAUGAGUGGCGCUUGAUUUGUUAUUGGGGCUUACCUUAAAAACCAACCAAUCCUGCUUCGUCUAAUGGAGUUCUCCCCUACAAUUAACUUAUUUGGAGACUUGUCAAGUGCCCCGAAGAGAUACACGCACAGACACAGAUCCUUGAAGUUGCACAGAUAACCCCCCCCCCCAUCCCACCCCUUUCCCGGUUUACAGACUAAGCAGACUGCUGAGAGACUGUGAUUUUCUCCGUCCAGCCCACUUGGUUCAGAUUGCACUAACCUUUCCUCCCCACAUGGGGGCGAUCCUUCUCUCUCUGUCUAUGGAGAGGCUUGUAUGAACUGCUCAGAAGACUGCCUCUUGCACAGGAACAGAAAGUCUGUUUUUAACCUUAUGCAACCAAGAUCUAAUUCUUAAAUUGCAGGCUAAACAACGGGAGCAUCAUGUCUGUCUUGAUUUUUUUUUUUUUUUUUUUUUUUUGUGUGUUUAUUUAUUCAGUUUCUGAGCAUGCGUGCUUUUUCAACCAGGACACUCGUACUGUUCCACACACUCAAAACUGGAAAUUGGCCACUAGAACCAAAAUUUUUCCACUGUUGGCCAAUGAACAGCCCCACUGGAACUGUUGGAUGUCAAGUGCGUCGCUCAGAGGCACCUCAGUGGUGGUUUUUGAGGGAGGGGAGGGCAGGACUCAUCCACUUUCCCUACUCAGAUUCUCUCAGACUCUGAGGAUCUCAAACCGGCAAUCUUCGUGUCACAGGCCUGCUCCUCUAGCCUCUAGGCAACCACCAGUCCUGUCUCAUAUGGAUUAAAUAUCUCAUUUUGUGCCACUGUGUAAAUGCAACCCACGUUGUUGUUAAAGCAUACCUGGAAAAGAAAAAAAAAAACACCUUAUGUAGCCUAUACAGUGGCUUUAAGUAGUUGAAAGAGCUUCAGGUGUUUAUGACUCCAAAGUGGCAACAUAACUGACAAAACAACAUGCAAGGCGGAUUAGUCAAGCCCAUCUGAAGAUAUACACGUAUGUUUUCAACUAUCUGAAGCCAACACGAAAGCUUAUACGUUACCAGGCAUGUAAGUAGCUACCAGACCAGUGAGCAUGUCACUGACAUGAUUCAUUUCGGCUCAGUUUCAAGUCAGCCAGCUCAACGAGUGAUAAGGCUAUAUCUUUUAUUUGAAGAGUUCUAUUCCAAAACACUGUAUAUUCAUUUUGUGGGGGGAAAAAAACUAUAUCAGCACUGCAAUCUCAAUAUCAAAUAUAUCUAAAAUGUUCCAUCCUCUAAAAAAAAAGUGUUAUCAUUUUUGUCAGCCAAGGAUUUAAGUGAGCUACUUAUCUCAAAGGUACCUGAGGAUGUUUUAUUUUCAAGCUGUCACUCAUUUUUAACUGUAGAUAACAUUUUUGUGAAAUGGUGGAUAUCUUAUUUUGGAACAAAACUCUUCAUGUAUUCCGUAUUGAGGACACUUAAUUUUUGACUCUUGGGGAAAAAAAAACUGUAAAUGAAAUGAACAAUUUAGGCUUGCUUCUGAUUUUACUGGAUUGAAGCUGAAUUAACUCCAAAUCCUGUUAUGAACAUGUGCUGUGUAAAGAACUGCCACAGUUACAGAGAAGCUACAGAGACAGCAAUGUGUUGUGUCCAGUGUUUGCAUGACCUUUGACCAACCACACACAGAAAAAUGGCCUUUAAGAAGGCUGCACAACAUGGCCCAGUUAUUUUUUGUUUUUUGCCCCCAAUGGAAAAGAUGGGUCACUUCCAUUCAGCCAAGGAGAAUUGAAUCUGGGCAAAUUUUAUUACAGGACGCACCCAGGACACUGCCGUGGGAUAUGAAGUAAUGUGGGUAGCCUAUCAGGUUCAGCUGACUUCAAAGCAAGUAUUUAUUAAUUUACUCAAUGGCGAGUGUCUGAUGGCAGUGCCAGACACUUGAAUGCAGUGAAGCUUGGCCGUUACAUACCAACAAAAAGCCAUUUGCUCUCAUGGAGCAUUAUAUUGUAUUUAAUGAAGAGACUGUGGUACUUUUGUCAUUGCACUGUUGGACAGGUUUGUAGAAGUUCAUAGUACGUGUACUAGAUUUUAGUACUAUUACUCGUACGUGUACCUAUUACUGAUGGAUUGGCAAUAUUUCCGAGUCUUUUGGCUUGAGUGAUGUUGGGAUUGUGACGGCUUUGGUAAUUUGGGAACUUCAAACUUCAGCUGAAAGUCCAUUUCUCUGAACCUUUAUCUUGAGGUUUCUGCAAACAAACUGCUGAAGGUUGAAGCUAAAAAAAAGUUGAACUCCCCCCAGCCUCGGAUUUGGACAUUUCAACUGUGAUAUUUAACCAGCAGACAGAGUUGGUACCCAUUUUAACUUUUUCUGAAGUGAUGGUGCCUGCCCAUUCUUUGAACAUAAGCUCAAGCAGCGACUCUGAAAGUGGAUCUUAAGAGUUUUGGCCCCAUUGUGAAUCUGCAGUGUCUAAACUCUCUAUGUAUGACAAUGCAUCUGUCAAUAUGUUGUCAAACUAAGGCAAAAGACCAUCAUUUUAGCGGCUUCUGCAAAAUGUAGGAGUGCAUCCAGUGUAAAAUCUUAUUCACUUUCCUUGACCUCACUAGCAAAAGUCUGUGACAGCUGUCAGGGAAAAAAAUGAAAGAAAAGGAGAGAAAGUUGUCAGUGAGGCAUAAUUUAAGAAACCACUGUUAAAGUACGCCUUAGGUCCUCCCAUGCCAAGCUAAUGAGCCCGGGUCCCCCUGGUAACAGUGAAAUCCACUAAAAAAAUUCCCAGGUCUAAAAAUGAACAAGGACCCUUGCAGGAGACUAACUCAGCUCACAUACUAAACUGCUACAAAAGGAGGAAGUGUCCAGAGACUGGCCGGGGGGGGUUACAGACUUUUGGUGGUGAGGAGGCAUGCUUAAUGCGGGAGACAAGAGAGGAAAUGGCAUUUUUUCGUUUGUAAUAUAAAUAUAUAAAUACAUGAUUAAUUUUCUGUUGUACAAUCAAAUGCACCUGUGUACAUAUGAUCUCUUUCUGUAACUAAAAAAAAAAAAUGAUUUAGCUACCCUUCGUCUUGAGUGUAUAUUUUAAUGAAAAAUAAAUAAAUUUACACAAGCU